AUGUGCUAUUCAGACUUUGUUGAUAUAAAAAAUCUUACAGAGGCAUACGGUGCUCAAUUUUCAAAAAAUACUGAAGGCGAAACAUCAAACAAUUCAGUGUUUAGUCAUUUGAAGGAACGCGUACCACACAUUGCAUGUGUGAAGUGCAGCUGCCACAUGAUACAUCUUGUGGCUUCCAAGGCAUGUCUUAAGCUGCCAAGAUUCGUUGAAGACUUUCUUAGAAAUGUCGGUGCGCACUUUAACCGCAGCACACUCCGACACGAAAAACUAAAAGAGUUGCAGUUAUUUUUCAAUGUGGAAGUCCAUAAAAUAUUGAGCCCAUCGGUCACAAGAUGGUUAUCAUUAGAGGCUUGUGUAAACAGGGUACUCGAACAGUACGAUGUUCUGUCCGCAUAUUUUAGACUUGAAUUGUUAGAAGACCCUAGCAAAAUCACGGAAGAUAUAAUUGGGGUACUCGACAAUAAAUUAACAAAAAUUUACUUAGAGUUCAUGUCGUUUACAUUGGAACAAUUUAAUGACUUUAACAGAUUGUUUCAAACAGAAAAACCGUUGCUCCACCGACUAAAACCAGAGACACAUAAACUUAUAAAAACCAUAGCCAGCAAUUACAUGAACUUCAGUUAUUGCAAAACAACCGAUGCAUAUAAAAUAGAAUACGCCAACCCAAGAUUUUUUGUGCCCCUUGAAAAAAUAUAUUUAGGUAUAGCUGCACAGUCGUCCAUUGAUGAACUUUCAAAAGAAAUACCAGAACCUAAAACGGUAAUAACGGAUUUCAAGAGAACUUGUCUCAAUUUUUAUAUUGAAACCAUAAAACAGAUAGUACAACGUUUCGAUUUUUCUGACCCGUUAUACGGUAUUUUAGAUGUGGUUGAACCAAGCGUUGCUCAAAAAUUUGAAGUAAAGGAUUUGUCAAAUGUUUUGAAGAGAUUCCCAAGUGUUAAAGAGGAUGUAAAUGAAAUGGAGCUUCAAAAAGAAUGGAAAAAACAUGCUUUCCUGGACCACAACGAUUUAGGUUUGAGUCAAAAUCUGGAAGUGGAAGAAUAUUGGAAACAAAUUUUAAAGCUAAAGGAUAUAGCCGGUACUGAAAUGUUCCCAAAUUUAAAAAAGAUUGUAGGGCUCUUGCUUGUUUUGCCUUUUUCCAAUGUUUGCGUGGAAAGAAUUUUCAGCCAGCUUAAAUUAAUAAAAUGCGAAAACCGGAAUAGACUGAGCACUGAAACUAUUUCUUCUUUGAUGGCAACAAAAGCCAACAUACAAAACGCCAUAAAAUUUGAGCCUUCUAAAAGAAUGAUGCAUGCAAAAGUAGCAUAUAGCAAGACUGGUAAAGGUUCCACCAGUUCCAAUUAGCUUUCUUUGGAAUAUUUAGUCAUUUUAAGCUAAAAUGAAUUAUUAUCUCUCUAUUGUUGUGUAUGUGAAUCACAGGCACGACGAAGAUUUAAAUCAGGUUAGUAUUGAAAGGCAUUCUUAAAAUGGUUGGUUGAUAUAUUUAAUUUAAUUAAUUAAAUACACGUUUUUGAUUUUAUUUAUUUUUCUAGCAUCACCAGUCGAUUAUUCGAUCAAAAAACAAUUAUUAGCCACGAGAUUAGCUACACUUAUGACUGAAAAUACAAGUCAUGUAUUCAUUGAUGACAAAGCAGCAUCGCCAGUCGAUUGUUCGAUCAACAAUAAUUACGAAUUGUUAAGUUUAAUAAAGGGGCGGAAACUUUUUAUAGUUUUUUUUAUAUUCAUUGAUGACAAAGCAGGUUGGUAUUGAACGACAUUCAUAAAUUGAUCGGUACUUUACAUAGAUAUAAAUACCUAACUGACUGUUACCUUUUUUCUUUUCAGCGUCAACAGUCGAUUAUGCGAUCAACAACACAAUUAUUACAAAUUUUUACUUUUUAAGUAAUUUUUACGCGAUAAUUCUCUCAGUGUACGUAUUUUGCCAGUUUCCACAAAAAAAAAAGACAAUGUUACUUUUUCUGACAAAAUGUUACUUUUUGAUCUGUCUCGUGUAACUUUUGACUAUCGGCCACUGGCAACACUGGCGUCAAGGUCAUUGUGUCAUAGUGCCGGGCGACGCGUGCACGCAUUUUUCUUUCCCAGUGCAGUGCAAAAUGACCGAAUAUGAUUCGGAUGAGUUGUUGCGGCUGUUAGAAGGUGUGGAACCUGAUUCCGACUUUGAUGUUGAAUGGGAAAGCACAUCAGAAGAGGACGAUAAUGAGGUAAGUUUAUGUGCUUCAUUUACCUAUGAAUGUCUUAUACAGCUUAGAAAAAUUGUAAUAAAAAGUAGGUAAUGUAUCAGACAGAGAGGCCAAGGAAAAGUUAAUUAUUUUAUGUACCUCGGGUAAAACAAGAUAGGCAAAUUUUUGGUUCAUUAAUGUUGGUUAUAUUUCGUGGAUCGUGAAAUAAUAAAUCUUGACAUUCAAUCACUUUUUUCUAUUUAUUUCUAUUUUUCCCUUUUACAAGUACACAAUUCCAUACAGACAUUUUUGACAACCGGAUGACAGUGUUACCAUAAACUCAACUAAGUUCCAUUCUUAAAUUAUAGAUUAAAUUAAGACUGUUUGGAGAUUGGAACAUUGCCUUUUGGACUUUUCUCAACACUCUCCCUCAAUGUUACAAUCUUCCAAACUCAACAAAGUAACAAACUUCCUAAAUAAAUUAAUAGAUAGAGGCUUAGUCAUUAAAUCUGCUAACUGAUUAUUUGUAGAAAUAUAAACCACCUUUAUAAGUCCCUGUUCUACCUUUUCCUUAAUAAAAUUAUAUUUUAUAUCUAUAUGUUUGAGACGUUUCUGAUCAGGAUUAUUAACAGUCUUUAAAGUACUCUGAUUAUCUUCAAAAAUAGUUACAUGUUCCAAGUUAACAUUUACAUCUUUAAGUAGUUUGAUUAACCAACAAGCCUCUACAGAACUUUCACACAAAGCUACUAACUCAGCCUCAGUAGUACUUAAUGUCACAAUAUUUUGUUUUUUAGACUUCCAAGAAAUAGUAUUACCAUAAAGUUUAAAAACAUAUCCACUAGUGGAUUUUCUAUCUACACUUCUAGCAAAAUCAGAAUCAGCAUAUCCUACUAAAGUAUUAUUAAUAUUACAAUUGUUAUAAACCAACUGAUAAUUAACUGUUUGUUUUAUGUAUCUAAGAACUCGCUUUAAAGCUUUUACAAGUUUUACACUAGGCUUUCCUUGAAAUCUGCUUAAGUACGAAACAGCUGUAGCUAGGUCUGGUCUAGUACUAACCAUACAAUACAUUAAAGAUCCUAUGAGCGAUCUACAAUAGUUUUCCAAUGUCUUAUCUAUAUCAGUGUUUAAGUCUAUUUGUAAAUUAGGAUCCAUAGGUGUGUCCAUGCCCUUACAAUCUUGCAUACCAUAUUUCUUUAACACAGUUUGUAAAUACUUAGUUUGAUUAAGAUAGAUCUGUCCAUUUUGUUUUAAUAUAGAAAUUCCCAAAUAAGUUAAUUUAUUAUGUCCCAUAUCUUUCAUUCUAAAUUUUUUAGACAAAUAUAUUUUUAGUUUUUCUA